CCAAACCUUGAAACUGCAUCUAUUAAAUUAACAUUUACUGCAAUUAGUCAUUACAGAGAAGUGCUGUUGAAUCAACUGAUGUGCUAGCGGAUCCAAGCAGCCUUUUUAACAGCUGGGCUUCUUGAAUGCCCUGCUUCGGCCGUCAUUGCAACUAUAUUGUUACAGAGGCAAAGAGCAAACAAGAUGUGUAGAGGAGAGAGUGAGAAUCUGCACGAAAGGGAGGGUUUGAGGAGCAGGGAGCGGUACAAACUGUGCGCAUGAUAGCAUAAGAGUGGUAGGCAAAGAGGGGGCUAGUUUGCGAGCAAGGUUUUUCUCUUCCGUUGUAGUGCCACAUUCAAAUAAAGGGGGGGAAGCCAGAAGAGACUUUUUUUUUUUGUUGUUGUUGACCAUUCUCAUAAAACCAAUUAAAAAAACAGAGCCGAUAGUAGCUCCAGUGAGGAAGGUAACGCACCAGCCGUGAAGAUGAAGAAAAGUACAAUGAGCUGAAGAUAGUGGCAGACCUGGAGUCUCUUGAAUCUCUCUUCACUUGCUGCAGAAAAUGGAAUUCCUUCAUUUGUACUACUACAUGCUGAGGGCUCCAGACUGUAGGCAAGACCAUGCUACUGCAGUAAGCCGAAGGCAGAGACGAGAGGCCCUAGACGACCUCUAAAGGUGGUGACUGGCCUGUUGGUGUCCCCCCUCCACCUCACACUCGGCCUGGCAGAGUGCUGCCUCUUCAAUUCAUCUGACUGCUCCUUUACCCCAAGACCCAAGGCUUGCUAUGGAAUUCACUUUACCCCCUGCUGCUGCCCAGCCUAGUACACGACCUUAGUGGAUUCCCUUCAUCUCCCUGUGUGUGGUUCUUACCCACACUCACUGUAAAAAGUUCAGCAUAGACCUGGUACCUCCAACAGCCACUACUGGGUUCUCCACCAGUCCCCUCCCCACUCCCACCCUCUCCCCUCCCCUAAGAAGAUGUCACUGAGCCUGACAACAGACAUCCAGCAGGAGGGAGAGAGUGGGCUACAAAUCGAGCCCUGCAGUCGAGGUAAAAGCUCUCCUCAACCACAGAGCACCAAGGAUGGGACAGGAGAGGGACCAGAGCCAGAUGAUAACUCUCCACAGGAUGCACAGCAGAAGCGGGCUACUAACCACAGCCAUGGCAGGAAAAGGGCCAAGUCUAAUGCCAAAAUGAAAUUAGUACGGAGUCUGGCAGUAUGUGAGGAGUCCUCUGGUCCUUUCCCCAACGAUGGACCCCCAGAAUCGGAAAUCAUCCAGCUUCACAUCAGCUGCCCAUCAGACAAAGAGGAAGAAAAGUCUUCAAAGGACGAGUAUGAAAAUGAAGAAAAGGAGAAGAAGGACAAGACUCCUCGAAAGAUGCUGUCACGUGAUUCCAGUCAGGAAUACACCGACUCCACAGGCAUUGACGUUCAUGAGUUUUUGGUCAAUACACUGAAAAACAAUCCCAGGGAUCGAAUGAUGCUGCUUAAACUAGAACAAGAUAUCCUGGAGUUCAUUAAUGACAACAAUAACCAGUAUAAGAAAUUUCCUCAGAUGACUUCGUAUCAUCGAAUGCUGUUGCAUCGUGUGGCCGCCUACUUUGGCAUGGAUCACAACGUAGAUCAGACAGGAAAGGCUGUCAUCAUCAACAAGACUGGAAACACUCGCAUCCCAGAGCAACGGUUUUCUGAACACAUCAAGGAUGAACGCAACAUGGACUUUCAGAAGAAGUUCAUCCUUAAAAGAGAUGAUGCUAGUAUGGACAAAGAUGAUAAUCAGAUCCGUGUGCCACUGCAGGACGGGAGGCGUAGCAAAUCUAUUGAAGAGCGAGAAGAAGAAUAUCAGCGGGUACGAGACAGGAUCUUUGCCCGAGAAGUGUCCUUUUUUUUGCAGUCGUCUCAAAAUGGAUACAUCAAUGACAACAGACUUUCCACUGAGGGCUACUGCUCUAGCUCUCAAAAGAGGAGACAGAUCUUUAGGUAUUGGGGAGCUGCUGACUCACUAGUGUGUUGCCAUGCCCAUUUUUUGAAAGUGGUCUGGUGAUGACAUUGGUGACCUGUGGUGAUUAUUAUCUUUGCUUGGCGUACUGGGCUGAUAAAUGGCUACGUUAGCAUUGCACCGUGGAUGCAUGGCUGCUUUGUGGUUUCACUGGAAACUGAUCUACUCACCCUUCCACCCUUCUACCAUCAGCUACACUUCAAUGGAAAGUAUCCACAUCAAUUUCACAGUGAUCUGCUUGUUUUGUGGUUGAUUUAGCUGUGUAAUUAUCAAACUGUUACCCAACAAAAAACUCGUUUGGAAAUUAACAUGAUGGUGCUUCAGAACUUAAAAUAACAUUAAAAUCUAGAAGAAUAAAUUAUUUUUUUUUUACAUUAACAAUUUUAUUUUUUAAAAUUUGAGAUGUGCUAAUUUUAUUAAUAGGUCAAAAUUUAUUCCAUUUAAUAUCGACAAAUAGUGAAAUCUUAGAUUUAUUUUCUGUAGGAUUAUUAGACCAAACAAAUAUAAAACAUUCUUAGCAAAGCCAUUGACCACUUUUCUGCAGGUGCUAACAUGGGGAAAGCGUAACCUUCUGAAGUGAAUUCAUCCAAUCAACAAACCAAGAUCAUUUAUGAUUUAUAGUUUAUAUGCUACAUAAUGUCUUUUUCACAUUGAACAUUGUCCAGAGAGAUGCUGUUUCUUGUGCACACACAUAUCUGUCCCACCUUAAUUCUCAUCCAGAGAGCCAGUCAUUCACACAGUGCAACCAUUCAGCCUCUAUCUUAGUCUGGCCAGACAGUUUUAAGGCUUUAUGUCUUUUUUUUUUGGUUGUCUUUUUAAAUAUAGUUUUGUUUUGUUUUCUUCAAAGUUGCAUUAAUCUUGCUCUGACCAGCUGUAAACUUCUAAGUUAGACAUAAGUUGUAGUUAUAAUCACACUUCAGGAUGCUCAUACACUUUUUAUGCUGUCAAAAUUUUCUCCCAGUCUGUCUCAUUCAUUAGAAUUGCCAUCACAUGUAAUUCACUCGUGUCUGAGGUGGUCCA